AACGAAAGUGAAAGUAACCUCUUGCUUUCUGACAGCUCCUUCACUGAAAACACAGCUGGGCAUUUCUUCCACAGCCAUGGAGCAAAUGGACAUAGAUGAGGGGUUAUAUUCACGGCAGCUGUAUGUCCUGGGCCAUGAUGCAAUGCGGUGUAUGGGAGAGGCAAAUGUCCUUAUUUGUGGGAUGAGAGGUCUCGGGGUGGAGGUGGCCAAGAAUGUCAUUCUGGCUGGAGUCGGUUCAGUCACCAUCCAGGACAAAGGGACAACCGAAUGGGGCGACCUGUCCUCUCAGUUCUACCUAAAAGAGAGUGACCUGGGGCAAAACCGGGCAAUUUGUUCUGAAAAACACCUUGCCCGCUUAAAUCACUAUGUUCGACUUUCCACCCAUACUGAAACUCUAAAUGAGGAUUUUCUACACAAAUUCGAGGUGGUGGUUCUUACAGAUUCAUCGUUAGAAGAGCAGCUUUCAGUGGCUGCAUUCUGCCACUCCAACAAUAUCAAAUUCAUUUUGGCUGAUACCAAAGGUCUUUGUGGACAGUUGUUCUGUGACUUUGGAGAAAAGUUUCUGGUCAAAGACACUGACGGGGACCCACCAAAGAUGUCCAUAAUUGACCACGUCACCAAGGGAAAUCCUGGUAUAGUCACAUGCCCAGAUGACCAUAUCUUCUCAGAUGGUAUGCAUGUUGUCUUCUCUGGGGUCCAGGGCAUGACAGAGCUCAACAGCUAUGGGCCUUUUGAAAUCAAAGUGAUAGACAGCUUCUCCUUCAGUAUUUGUGACACUUCAAAUUUCUCUGAAUAUGAGAAGGGCGGCGUGGCAACUGAAGUCAAAGAAACAACGACACUUAGUUUUAUACCUCUAGAUGCUGCUGUGGAGAAAGUGAUGCAAGAUCCUGAGCUACUGGUGUUCACUGAUUAUGGGAAAAUUAAGAAACAUCAGUCUCUUCACCUGGGCUUCCGAGCACUGCAGGAGUUCCAGCAGAAAUACAGUCGACUGCCCAAACCCAGGAACCAGGAGGAUGCUGAGCGACUACUUGCCAUGGCGAGGCAGCUCAGUGCAGCUGCACAACUUGACAAGUUUGAUGAAGAAGUCAUGAGGAAACUGUCUUUUUGUGCCAGGGGCAAUUUGGCUCCCAUCAAUGCUUUCAUUGGAGGACUGGCUGCCCAGGAGGUGAUGAAGGCUUGCAGUGGUAAGUUCAUGCCGCUCAAACAGUGGCUUUACUUUGAUGCUCUGGAGUGCCUUCCUGAGCAGGAGGGCGGUGACAGAGGACUGACAGAAGAAGCCUGUGCACCAAGAAAUAGUCGCUAUGAUGGUCAGAUUGCUGUGUUCGGCUCUGAUUUCCAAGAGAAACUGAAGAGACAGAGAUACUUUCUGGUGGGUGCUGGUGCCAUUGGCUGUGAGCUUCUGAAAAACUUUGCCCUGAUUGGCCUUGGUGCUGGAGAGGGCGGGCACAUCACAGUGACCGACAUGGAUUCAAUUGAGAGGUCCAAUCUGAAUCGUCAGUUCCUGUUUAGGUCAGAGGAUAUUGGGAAGCAGAAAUCAGAGGUGGCAGCUGAAGCUGUGCAUAAAAUAAAUCCCAGCAUUAAUAUCACAUCUCACCAGAACCGUGUGUGCCAGGAGAGCGAGGGCAUCUACACAUACCAGUUCUACAGCAGCCUGGAUGGAGUGGCAGCAGCUCUGGAUAAUAUGGAAGCCAGAGUGUAUUUGGAUAAGCGCUGCGUGCAGUCCCAAAAGCCAAUGUUAGAGGGGGGGACUCUGGGUGGUAAAGGUCAUACCCUGGUGGUGGUUCCACACCUGACUGAAUCCUAUGGACAAGCACCAACUUCAGGACAGAAAGCUAUUCCACUGUGCACACUGAAAUACUUCCCUCAUCGCAUAGAGCACACUCUGCAGUGGGCCAGAGAGCAGUUUGAGGGCCUUUUCAAGCACACACCAGAGAACGUGAACCAGUAUCUCAGCGAUGCUGAAUUUUGGGCUCGUACUGUCAGCCGAGGGGAGGCUGAAGCUGUCGAGGUGGUGGAGGCAGUGUAUAGAAGUCAGAAGGACAGACCCCAUGACUGGCCGGAUUGUGUGACCUGGGCUCGUUUGCAGUGGGAGACCUUUUACAACAAUGACAUCGCAGAGCUGCUCCACUGCUUCCCUCCUGACCAUGUAACUAGUUCAGAUCUGCCUUUCUGGAUGGGAGCUAAAAGGUGUCCUCAUCCCUUAACCUUUGACCCAGCCAAUACCACCCAUAUGGAUUUUAUUAUGGCCUCUGCUAACCUAUAUGGGCAGAUUUAUGGCAUCCAGGGAUCAACAGACCGUGACGGCACAAUGCAGAUCCUGGAAGGAGUGCAUGUGCCUGUGUUCCACCCAAAAUCCAAUGUGACGAUUGCAGUGAUGGACGAGGAACUGAAACAAAACAUGGAGGAGAGAAAGGAUGAGGACCAAGCCAAGCUGAAUGAGCUAAAGCAGAAACUGUCAAGCCUCCAGCCAGCCAGCCAGAAGUGUCGGAUGUUCCCACUAGAAUUUGAAAAGGAUGAUGAUAGUAAUUUCCACAUGGACUUUAUAGUGGCAGCGUCUAACCUGAGGGCUGAGAAUUACGACAUACCAGCAGCAGAUCGACACAAGAGCAAACUCAUUGCUGGUCAAAUCAUCCCUGCUAUCGCCACAACCACAGCAGCAACAUCAGGCCUCAUGUGUCUGGAACUGUAUAAGUUAGUGCAGGGCCACCAGCAAAUCACUUCGUUCCGUAGUACGUUCAUUAACCUGGCAGCCAGUUACUACAUCAUGAUACAGCCAUCCAAGGAUCCAGGGUUCACAGUUGCAGGGAAAGAGUACUCCCUUUGGGACAAGCUCUUGGUGCAGGGAAAAAAAGAAGGACAGGAGGAAAUGACAGUGGGAGAGCUGCUGAAACACGUCAAGGAAAACUAUAAUCUGACCAUCACGGCUCUGUUUUAUGGACCUGCAAUGUUGUACGCUGAUUACUCCAAUCACGGAGAUCGACUUAAACAGAGAGUGUCAGAAGUUGUCCAGAUGGUCACCAAGAGUGAGAUUCCAGCUUACAAGCAGAUGCUGGAGAUCAUUCCAUGCUUUGCUGAGGAUGAGGACUGUGAUGAGGUUCCACCACUUCACUACCUUUUUCGAUGAGCGCUGCAAGAUGGGAAAGCAAAAUAAAGUCGACAAUAUUUACUGUCAGCUUUAUCAUAUUGUUCUAAUCAUGGAAAUCCUGUUCAACCCUGUUUGUAAAAUUUAAAACGAAGAAAGUAAAUGUUCAACGUCUUAUAUGUUUAAGAUUCUGCACUAUUUCUAGGUACCUGUUUAAAUGGAAGCAAAUUGGUGAUUAUGUUAACUACUUCGUUCAAAAGGUCAGAUUUUCCUCAUUCCUAAUCUCUUCUACUGAAGCAUGUGUUCAAACGAUAAACUCAUGGAUUUUGCGUAAACUCAAGCGCACGCUGUCGUUAAAGUAAAAAUGGGGACAAACCAAAUGCUAAGAAAUUCUGAAAUUCAUGUGAAUAUUUCUGUCUUUAUAGAAAUAUAGAAUCUACUUUUCUCUCAAGUUAUUGUCAAGUAAUAUAAUUUGUAAUGAAGAUUGUUGUAGUAAAUUUGAAAACAAUGCAAAAUAGAACCUUUUUCGGGGGGGGGGGGGUUAAUGAUAUUCUUCGUGUGCAUGUGACGUCACGCUUAUUUUCCAAACCGGAAGUCCACCAUUUUGGAUGAUAACAACAACCAAGAUAGCCGCACUUCACGUGUGAGCUGUUGCAACGCUUCGUGAUUUUCUUUUGAUUUCAUUGCCUUUGAAGAAAGACUAUGCCUACUUUAUGUGUGGUAUAUAAUUGCGGUAAUAAUGCUACUCGAGACAAAGACAAACGGUUCUUCAGAAUUCCCAAAAUAAUUAAAAACGGUGACAAAACAGAUGAAGAACUGUCCAGAGGAUGCCAUGUGUAUGCUGUGGUUCAAAAACAUACAGCGUAAGGACUCAACUGAAGAAAAAGCUAAUUACACCCAUGUGUGUGGUGACCACUUUAUAUCUGGUAAGCGUUCAUUACUAUGAUUUCUGCUGAUUAAAUUGAGCUUUAGAGCUUUAACGUGAACACUCUGCUUCUCACCUUCCAGAAGCACCGGCAAACCUACACAAUAAAACAAAUCCAGAUUGGGCACCAACACUCAAAUUAGGACACGAUAAGGUCAAGAUGAAAACUCAUCUCACAGUCUCGAGAAGCAACAGGAUAAAUGACAGAUCUGCCAAGCUAAAGCCAGAUUAGAAGCAACGCAAACCUUAGCGAGUCUGGAUACACAAGGAGAACAAUGUGGGUCAACUUUGCCAGGUGAGAGAUUAGCGAUGCCAUUCCAGUAAUCCGUUAAUUUAUGCACUUUUUGGGUUUUUUUUAUCCCCCACUGGCAGAAAGGCCCAAAGGGGGAUUAUGUCAUGGCGAUUUCCGUCCGUCCAUCCCAGGAAGGGUGCUCACCUUCUGAAAUUAACUCCUCUCACAAUUUGUGGAGGAAUUUCACUAAACUUGGCAAAAGGCAUUGUUAUAUGUCGGUAAUACGCAUAUUCUUCGUUCAGUUCGGUCGCAUUUUACCAGAGUUACGGCCCUUGAUUAACAACCUUGUACUUUCACAAUUUCAUGAAGGUGUGCUUGCCUUCUGACAUCAACUCCUCUCACAGUUUUUGGAAGAAUUUCUCAAAGCUUGGCAAAAGGCCUUGUUAUAUGACAGUAAUACGCAUAUUGCAAUUUAAUUUCGUUUGUGAAAAUUUUACCAGAGUUUUGACCCUUGAAUAAAUAACUUGUACUUUGACAAUUUCAUGAGGGUGUACGUUCUUCUGAAAUCAACUCCUCUCACAAUUUGUGGAGGAAUUUCACCAAACUUGGCAAAAGGCUUUGUUAUAUGACAAUUAUACACAUAUUGAAAUUUCCUUCAAUUUGGUCAAAUUUUACCAGAGUUAUGCCCUUGAUUAUUAACAAACUUGUACUUUGGCAAUUUCAUCAAGGUGUGCUUGCUUUCUGAAAUCAACUUCUCUCACAAUUUUUAUCCUCCGCUAGCUGAAAGGCCUGAAGGGGGAUUAUGUCGUGGCGAUGUCUGUAAGUCUGUCCCAGAAAGGGUACUCACAUUCUGAAAUCAACUCCUCUCACAAUUUUUGGAGGAAUUUCACGAAACUUGGCAGAAUUCUUUGUUAUAUGUAAAUAAUACGCAUAUUGCAAUUUUGUUCAGUUCACUCACAUUUUACCAGAGUUAUGGCAGAGUUGCUAGCGGGGGAUAUUGUGCUCUCAGAGCACUCUUGUUUUUUUGUAGAAUGAGAUCGUUCACAAUAUCAGGGUAUUCAAUCAGUGGUAAAUCCUCUGCAUAAUCGGAUGGCUUUAACAUACACGGGUCAAAGCCAAAAAUUUCAACUUUUUCUCUGAAUGUUGACUUGGCAGAGGACUCCAGAGAGUCAUAAUAUUUCAAGAAAGUUGGAGAUGCAUCACAGUUAUUGUUUGCACUUUGGAUUUGUAUAUCAUCCAACAUGGUGGCGGAUGCAUUCGUCACAUUGUUUUGUCACACGGUUGCACACAAAGAAUAGAAAUAUAGAAGGAUCUAAGCGAUAAGUCAAAGACAGUCAUCAAAUAUAGAAGUUUAAAGUUGCUGAUUGCUACAUAUGUCCUCUACAAAGUGAUUCACUGUCACACCUUUAACACUGCCACUAUUCACCCCAGUCUUUUAUUAUACACCACUUAACACACAUUACUAGACAAUAAAGAAUACUCUAAUCUUGUCUGCUCCAUUUUA